GAGCGGGCGCUGCGAAUGGCGUGUCCCAAGGCCGCCGCUUCCGCCGGCGCUGGAGGCUGGACUCGCCGCUGCCCUUGGUCUUGGGGUCGGGCUGGCACCGAGGCCGCAGGUGGGUUCGGGGUCGACGCCGCAGGCUUCCGUUGUGCAGGCAGCCAGGCAUUCAGGAUGAGUUUAAUUCAGCUUGUGCGUGACCACUGGGUACAUAUACUUGUCCCUAUGGGAUUUGUCAUUGGAUGUUAUCUAGACAGAAAGAGUGAUGAAAAGCUAACUGCCUUCCGGAACAAGAGUUUGUUAUUUAAAAGAGAAUUGAGACCCAAUGAGGAAGUCACCUGGAAGUAAAGGCUGUGGCUGAAUUACAGAAUGUUCACAUUUUUUAAAUUAUCAGAAAAAUAAAAACACUGAACAAUUUAGAA